AUGGAUUGGCAAGGGCAAAAGCUAGCAGAACAGCUAAUGCAGAUAAUGCUGAUUGCAGUUGCUGUGAUUGCAUUCGCAACUGGAUAUCUUAUGGCUUCUUUCCAAAUGAUGAUCCUCAUAUAUGCUGGUGGUGUGGUUCUCACCACAUUGGUCACUGUCCCUAAUUGGCCUUUCUUCAACCGCCAUCCUCUCAAGUGGUUGGAUCCGAGCGAAUUAGAAAAGCAUCCAAAGCCUCAACCAUCUCUGAAUAUAAAUUCAAAGAAGAAAUCCGUUAAGAAAUCCAUUUUCUCUUGCAACCAUCUUUUUACCUUUUUAUCUCCCUCCCGUCCUACACCCGCACAUGGGUUGAUCUUGGUUUAUUGCCUUUCUGCUUGUCAUCUCUCUGUUGAUCGCGUUAGUCUCUUUGCUUACAAAGAACGAGACACUUAUUGGUGGGUUGUAGUUGUGAUGGUAAUAUAUUCAUCAUGUGUUUCUGCCAAACUGAGUAUUUUGGCUGUAACACCAGAUAUACUUCGAAUGAGUGUUGUACAGGUUCCAAAUGUAAGUUUCGCUAAUGGCAAUUCGUGA